CAUAACCAUAAAUAAAAACAAAUGGAGUCCAAGCAACUACGUACCCAUCAAUGGACGUAAACUCUCAUUCACAAAAAUAUCCGUUAAAGCUUCAUGCUCAUUCUCAAACUCUCUGCAAAUAUACACUCAAAAAUUCAAAAUCCAUAUAACAAUGGCGGCUUCAUUUUCUCUCUCCUCAUUAUCCAUCACUUCUCAUCUUCGCACCCAUUGUUUCGCCACGAAAUCAAACCCUAAUUUCUCUAAUUUGCGAUUUCCACCAUCAAUUGGAAACCCUAGAAUUAAUGUUUCUGUUUGUAGAGCAUCUUCUGCUGCUUCUUCUUCUUCUGUUGUUUUCCGCAAUCUCGAUGCCGAUGAUUUCAGGCAUCCUCUUGAUCAACAAAACACGCUGAUUUUGAGAGCAAUUCCUGGAUUAAAUGAAAUAGGCAAGGCUAUAUUAGGAUCCAUUGGGGAGCAGGUCAUGUUUCUUGAGAACAUAGGCGCUUCGCUGCUUGUUUCGGAAAAUCAGCUAUCUGAACUGCAUCAGUUGAUGCUUGAGGCUGCUCAAAUAUUGAAUAUCGAGCCUCCUGAUUUGUAUGUUCGCCAGAACCCUGCACCAAAUGCUUAUACUUUAGCCAUUAGUGGCAAAAGGCCAUUUGUUGUUGUACACACAAGUCUUAUCGAACUUUUGUCACGAAAAGAGUUGCAGGCGGUCAUGGCCCAUGAGUUGGGUCAUCUUAAAUGUGACCAUGGAUUAUGGCUGACAUAUGCAAACAUCCUUGCCCUUGGGGCAUACACCAUACCUGGACUUGGUGGAUUAAUUGCUAGUAGCUUAGAGGACCAGUUGUUGCGUUGGCUCCGAGCAGCAGAGCUUACUUGUGAUCGUGCAGCUCUUCUUGUUGCUCAAGAUCCCAAGAUUGUCAUGUCUGUUCUGAUGAAAUUAUCUGGCGGCUGCCCUUCCUUGGCGGACCAACUAAAUGUAGAUGCAUUCCUGGAGCAAGCACGUUCUUACGAUAAAGCUUCUUCAAGCCCAAUGGGUUGGUAUAUGAGGAAUGCUCAAACGAGGCAACUAUCACACCCUCUUCCAGUGCUACGUGCUCGUGAGAUUGAUGAAUGGUCGAGAAGUCGAGAAUAUAACUCUCUUUUGAAGCGUGCUGUGCCGAUGAACACCCUGCAUAAAGCUUGAAUUCCUGGGCAGGUCAAAUAGAACCAGUAUAUAGUACCAGCUAUAUUUUCUUCACAUGGUGCCUAAGCAAUUGGAGAGUUUCUUGUGGGAAGAUCUAUUAAGGCGCACAACUGCUGCAUGCGGCAUGCCAUGAUUCACUUGAUUCGGAUGUAUAAGCUAUUAUUGUCACUUGCAAAUCAGGAAAGCACUAUUUAUACUUUAAAGUUUAAAGGUGAAAGAUGAAGUGGUAUGUCUGGCAUUUUUGAUACAUUAAAGGAUAUGAAGGACAACUUUUAUAAGAUAGUCCCUCUUUUACUGUAUAUUGAGAUGGUUCAUACUCACAAGCACAGAUUGCUGUAUGUCCCUGUAAAUAUGUAAUAUAGCUCAUUACAGAAGUGAUUUUGUUUGUUACAUGAUAACAAUGAAUUGGAGUGGCAAUUUUUGCAUUUCCUAAUUGGCAUUGAAUAUUGAAGGUUGUACCUCCGUAUAUGAACUAUAUUAUGUUCUCCA